AUGGAAUCCAUCCCCGAGACCAUGUGGGCAGCCCAAAUCAGCCAAUUCGAUCAACCGUACACGAUCACUCGCGUCCCCGUCCCCCGCAUUCGACCCAACGAGCUGCUGGUCAAGAUCGAGGCCGCGGGAUACUGCCAUUCCGAUGCCCAAGUGUUGCACGGCGAGAUGCAGAGCGCACUUCCCAUGAUCCCCUCGCACGAGCCCGUCGGCGUGGUCGUCGCGACGGGCGAUGCGACCGGGGAUCGCUGGACGGUCGGCGAUCGUGUGGGGAUCUUGAACUUCAAAAAUGCCUGCGACCGACGUGCCGGUUGUCGCGCCGCCCGACGGCGAUGGCAUCGACUGGACCCACGGUUUUGCGAGCGUCGCGAGACGGCCGGAUUCCAGCACGACGGCGCCUUUGCGGAAUACGUGGCGGCCGACGCAGCCACAACCGUCGCCCUGCCGGACUCGGUCUCCUUUGAGCAGGGUGCGCCGUUGUUGUGUGCCGGAAUUCCUACGAGGACUUUCAGGUCUACGGCUACAAGAAUGGCUAACACUGGCACGAUCUACGCGACGCAGGCGACUGUCUGGGGUGCUUUGAUCAAGGCGCGGCCCUUCCUUCAACUGGGGGACACCGUAGGAAUCCUGGGAAUCGGAGGACUAGGCCAGUUGGGCGUGCAGUUUGCCAAAGCGCUGGGGUAUCGCACGGUGGCCAUCGACAAUCACGACGAGAGCCUGCAGCUAACGAGCCAGGCGCCCGCAUCCCUGCGACCCGAUCUGCUUGUGAAUUCCUCGCACGACCUAGCACGCGAUCAAAUCCUUGCCCACACGGACAAUGAAGGACUGGCGGCGGUGAUCAAUUGCUUCGACUCCCUGACCAUUAACGCCUGGAGCCUGGAGCUGCUGCGCGUCGGCGGUGUGGCGGUCUUGCUGGGACUGCCGGCACAGCGGUGGCAAUUCGACUCAUUUCCCAUCGUCUUCCGCGAGCUGGUGAUUCGAGGCAACUAUGUGGCCAGUUGUGAGGAGGUGGAGGAGAUGAUGCAGACGGUGCAUCGCCAUGGUAUUCGGUCGCAGCUGACGGUCGUCAGUCGGGCGGAGAUUCUGGGGGUCCCGGAGAGAUAUCGAUCGAAGGCAUUUCGAGGGCGAUUGGUGGUGAAGAUGCAGGGGGAAUAG